AUGGCCGACGCUGUAUUUAAGGAUGUGCCGGAGAUUUUCGAGAUAGAGCUGGGUGAAGCGCUGCUUGCGCGAACGGAAGUGCUCAACACCUUCCGGGAACUUGGCCCGCCAGACUUGUGUCACGUUGUGAAAGGGACGCGAGGACAAAGCGAUGUCGGCUCCUAUCACUAUGUCACUGGCGUGGAUGCAUCUUCCUCUGCAUCCCUUGCCGCCUACAUCAACAGCUUAAUGUUCAGGAUUGAGGAAGCACAGGGAUGGAUAUCCAAAGGACCGACAUGGAAACUGAAGUCGGGAUCGUACUGCUGUUUCAAUGCUUUCUCGCGUGUGGAUGUGCGCGUUGACGUCAAGAUACCCGGCGGUGUUAUCGCCUACGCAUUGGACCUUCGAGGAGACCGACACGAAGCCACUCCCGAACUCUGGCUAGAGACAUACCUCUCAGCGAUUCUGCGCGCCAUCCUGUACUCGUCCGACGAAACCUACGCGCUCGAAGCAUGGCGCAGGUUAACGCCCGUACCCACGCCUGACGCCGAACUCCGCUUCAUCCAGGCGGCAGAACAACUCUUCGCAAAAGGCUGGCAAGUCGGCAGCGACCCGGAGAUCCAGGUCGCGACCCUCACCGCCAACCAUCUCACUGCCGGCCUAAUGCGCUACUUCGGCGACGCUGGUCGAAUGGACCGCGCUGCGAACUUAUUCGAGCGUCUAGCUGUCCGUGAACCGGAAGUCGCACCCUUGCUCGCACGGAGCUAUAUUGGCAUGCAUGAGGAGGUGAAAGCAGUUCAGAUCCUCGGCCAAGCCAUCCGCCAGUCCCCUCAGCCCACGUACACGCUUCUUCAUGCCCAAGCCGACUUCCUCCUCUCAAAACAACGACCAGAUCUUGCCAUUCAGCUCGCACACGCAGCCGUGAACGCCGCGCCGUCCGAAUUCGUCACAUGGGAAAAGCUCACCUCUCUUCAUAUCGAGCUUGGCAACUACGCCGGCGCCCUGUUGACUCUGAACUCAUGCCCUAUGUUCACCUUCAACGGACGAGACGCGCACAAAAUCUUGACCGCAUCACGUCUACACUUGCCUAUUCCGAAGUUCCUCGCGGACGUACUUCCCGAACGUGAGCGGACGGAGGACGAUGAAGCGGAUCCCGCACUCGUGCGUUUACCUGCACCUGGAUUGCGAGGGACAUGGUCUCGCGCGUACAGGCUACUCGCAAGGCUCGUGAGCAUGGUCGGAUGGGACGAGCUUUUGCGAACGCGUAGCGCCGUGUUCGUCAUGGAGGAGGAAUACAGGAUGCAGAAGGCACAGGCAGAAAUUUCUGCAUCGUUGCCAAACACGCCUGCUCCCAAUGGCAAUGCUGCGCCGGCGGACAACGCCAGCACGCGUGGCUUGCAUUCGGCGCGGAGCAGUGCAGGUUUGACAGAUGCACCUGCGGGCGAGAAUGGCGUGGCAGGUGGAGAGCACGGUGAAGAGGGUAGCGCGGCACCGGACGGUUUACCCACAAUCCGCAUCAGUACCGAGAGCGCGCGCGAGGAGAAGGCUGCGCUUGCUAGGGCUGAGGCGGAAAGGAAGCGCGCUGCUGAAGAGAGCGUUGCGCAACCGCCGCCCACGUACGAUGAGGUCAGCAAAGAGGAGGGAGAGGCAGACGCCGAUGGGGAGGUCAAGGAGGAAAAGAAGGAGAAAGAGCCCUUUAGCUUCAGCAACAAGCGGCUAUGCGAGCGUUGGUUGGAUAACCUAUUCAUGGUCUUAUACGAAGAUUUGCGCGUAUGGACGAUCUUCAGAGCCGAGAUCGCGCACUUCAAGACACAACACGUCGCAUACCGCAAGACCGGCGCGGAAUGGGAAAUCCUCGGCGAACUCGGCCUGCGCCUACACCAUCGCGAAGAGGCGAAAGAGUGCUUCCAACGCUCUCUGGAUUCCAGCCGAGGGAAGCCUGACGAUAAAAUCAGGUGGAGCCCGAAACCGUGGGUCAGGCUAUUGGAGAUGUACGCGGAGGAGGGAGACUUGAUGCGUACGCUGCAGAGCGGGAUCCGGGUCGCGGCGUACGCAAACGCAGAGGGCGCCGAGGUUGUGUUUCCGACAUCGGUCGCGCGUGCGUUCUUCAAGUUGCAAGAGACGCACGGGCUCGAGAAGAUCUGGAACACGUUGAGGAGUAUGGGUCUGCCCGAUCCAGUGCUCACGCUCAUGCGGGGGUACUUGGACUGGGGCAAGGCGUUCAAGGUGGAAGGCUACGACUUCUAG